AGAGAGAAAGAAAGAGAGAGAUAGAGCUAUAGUUAGAGAAGGAAACUGUUUACUUCCUCUUUCAGAGUUUUAAGGGGGGAACUACAACUACAACCUGCUCACAUUCGUUUGUCUACCGUCACACUCAGGUAUGACACUGGGUGUGGUGUGUGUUAUUCUCCUGCUGGUUCCGGUCCAGGGUGAGCUGGAUUGGAACAUCUACUGGAAUUCCUGGAAGGUCGAGUUCAAUAAAACCUACAGCAAUGUGAGUGAGGAGGUGUUUAGAUCAGCCGUCUGGAAGCAAAAUUACUUGGACGUGAUGAAGCACAACAAAGCGGCGUCAUCAGGACAUCACAGUUACACCCUGGGGAUAAACCACCUCUCAGACAUGACGGCAGACGAGGUGAACUACCAGAUGAACGGUCUGAUGGUGGAGGCCGGUCCUCGUCUCGAAGUGAACGACAGUAUCUGGUUCCUCAGUGAAUCUUCUCCGCCGCUGCCACGAGUGGACUGGACCGAGAAGGGACUAGUCAGCCCCAUUCAGAACCAGGGUCCCUGUGGCUCCUGCUGGGCCUUCAGUUCGGUCGGGGCUCUGGAGGGACAGAUGAAGAAGAGAACCGGACGCCUGGUUCCGCUGAGUCCGCAGAACCUGGUGGACUGCAGCGUUACCGUCGGCAACCACGGCUGCAGAGGAGGAUACCUCAGCAAGUCCUUCAUCUACGUCAUCCGCAACAAGGGCAUCGACUCCGACAGCUUCUACCCUUACGAACACAAGGACGGUGUGUGUCGGUAUGCAGUGGGGGGUAGAGCUGGUUACUGCUCCAGUUUUCAGGUUCUCCCGCAGAGUGAGGAGGCACUGAUCCGCGCCGUCUCCGCCGUCGGACCCGUUUCUGUCGGAAUAAACGCCAAACUACCGUCCUUCCACAGAUACAAGAGCGGUAUAUAUGAUGACCCGGGGUGUAACCCCCGGAUGGUGAAUCACGCUGUGCUGGUGGUCGGAUACGGAACUGAGGGAGGACAGGACUACUGGCUGCUCAAAAACAGUUGGGGGUUGAUGUGGGGGGAGAAGGGUUUUUUCCGGAUGGCCCGAAACAAAAACCAGUGUGGAAUCUCCAACUUCGCCAUUUACCCCACUAUCUGAACACACACACAUUACACACACACAAACACACACACAUUAUACACAUACACACCUUUAACACACACACAGUGUUUGUAAUGAAAUAAGGAGAAAUGGAGGCAGUGAUGUUUCUUAUAUUCUGGAUUUAUUUAAGCUUUAUUAUUACAUUUAUUUUAAUAAAAAACGUUUGAUUAUAAAAGCA